AUGGGAAAGUCGUCAAAGGACAAACGCGAUGCCUACUACAGGCUCGCGAAAGAGCAAGGAUGGCGCGCACGCUCCGCCUUCAAGCUGCUGCAAUUGGACGAGGAAUUCAACCUCUUUGAGGGCGUGACGCGGGUGGUUGAUCUCUGCGCCGCGCCGGGCAGCUGGAGCCAAGUGCUCUCACGAAUCCUCAUCAAAGGCGAGCGCUUCGGCCGCGCAGGCUGGGAAGACAAGCAGCUGCAGAACACGACUACACAAGAAGCGCCGGCAGAAGAGACGGCCCAGAAGCAGCAGACCGAGCCCAGGAAAGACGUCAAGAUCGUAUCCAUCGACCUACAACCCAUGGCGCCGCUCGACGGCAUCACCACCCUCCGCGCCGACAUCACGCACCCGUCCACUGUCCCUCUCCUCCUCCGCGCCCUUGACCCCGAGACCUACGACCCAACCGCCAGCACGUCUACCUCCUCCCCCGUCGACCUCGUCAUCUCCGACGGCGCGCCCGACGUGACGGGCCUGCACGACCUGGACAUCUACGUGCAGUCGCAGCUGCUGUGGGCGGCGCUGAACCUGGCGCUGUGCGUGCUCAAGCCCGGCGGCAAGUUCGUCGCCAAGAUCUUCCGCGGCAAGGACGUCGACCUGCUCUACGCCCAGCUCAAGACCGUCUUCGCCCGCGUGCGCGUCGCCAAGCCCCGCAGCAGCCGCGCCAGCAGCAUCGAGGCCUUCGUCGUCUGCGAGGGCUUCCGCCCGCCCGAGGGGUUCCACGCGUCGCUGGACAACCCGCUUGGCGCUGCGACCGCGCUCUCAGAGCAUGCGGCGAAGAAGCACGAGGAGAGGGGCCAGACGAGGACGGUGAGGGAGGAUGGCGUCGUGGAGCUGGACCUGGGUGUGGAGGAGGAGGGCGAGGAGUAUGAGGAUGGAGAGGGUAUCCGUUGGAUACCUCCUUUCCUGGCUUGUGGUGAUCUGUCGGCGUACGAUGCGGACGCGACGUACCAUCUUCCUAAGGAUAGGGUCACGCUUGAUCCUGUCCAGCCGCCGACGGCACCUCCGUACAAGCGUGCUUUGGAGAUGCGUAAGAGGAUGGGCGGAGCGUAUGGCAAGACUAAAAUGCUGGAGAAGAAGACUGGCGGAGAAUGA